AGGGUUCGGGUAAAAAAUCGAAACCGAAUUGGCGAUUGAAAAAGAGUUGUUUUUACGUGUGAAGCGUGUCUCUUGGAAUUCUGCGUCUUUCCCACCAUAUAUUAUUUCCCCAGAGUUGUGGUGGGAGCUGGUAAGGUGGGUUAACUCCAGCUCAAGUCUCCGUGAAACGCAGAGCACUGAUGACGUUGGGUUGGAUGACCAAUCGGAAGGCGCUGCCCUUUGGAGACAAACCAUUUUACUUGUAGCGUCUGCAUCAAGUCUGGAAGCAGGGCUCAAUUUUAACAGAAUCCACCUUAAAAUCUCUUCCUUAACUUAUUCCUACCUUCCGCUACUUUGAGCGAGAAUAUCACACAACGAGGAGGGGGGGGGGGAAUAAAGACGCCGCUGGAAAGUCCGGGUGUUAAUAGGACAAUAUCUUUUCGCGGUGGAGAGAGGAGAGAGACAACAGCAGAGCGAGAGAGAGAAACCCGAUUUGGUCUUGAGAGAGAGAGAGGGGGUGAGUGCUCUCAAGGCAGAAAAUUCGAUGAUGACCAUGACUACUAUGGCUGACGGUCUGGAGGCUCAGGACUCGUCCAAGUCUGCUUUCAUGGAGUUUGGGCAGCAGUCGCACUCACAGCAGAGCUCCCCGUCGAUGGCCAGCGGCCACUACCCGCUGCACUGUCUCCACUCCGGCUCACACGCUCACCACCAGCACGAGAACGGCGCGUACACCGGGACCAACACCUACAACAGGUCGUUACCCUACCCCUACGUGAGCCACCCGCACCACAGCCCGUACCUGCCAUCCUAUCACAACAACACGGGAGGACAGACAAGGUUAGACGGCGCAGAGCAGCAGAAAACGACGGUGAUCGAAAAUGGGGAGAUUCGCUUUAAUGGGAAAGGCAAGAAGAUUCGCAAACCUCGGACAAUUUAUUCCAGUUUGCAGCUUCAAGCACUGAACCACCGUUUCCAGCAGACACAGUACCUCGCUUUACCGGAGCGCGCCGAGCUGGCUGCCUCUUUAGGACUGACACAAACCCAGGUAAAGAUUUGGUUCCAGAAUAAGAGGUCAAAGUUCAAGAAACUGCUCAAGCAAGGCGGCAACCCGCACGAGAGCGACCCUAUGCCGGGCUCCAUGUCCCUGUCCCCGCGCUCCCCGACCAUCCCUCCGAUAUGGGACGUCUCGGCGUCGUCCAAAGGAGUAAACAUGCCGGCCAACAGCUACAUGCCCGGCUACUCUCACUGGUACUCGUCCCCGCAUCAGGACUCGAUGCAGAGAUAGACUGACGAGGCGGGAAGGUCAGUGAGCUUGUCGGGAGGCCUCCGGAUCCCCGCCAUGCAGUUUCCAACGUAGCCUACAAUUUGUGUCAGCGGAGAGACUGAAUGCUGGAGAGGAGAAGCACCCCUCGGCUGCAGGAUAAAAAAACAACAACAACAACAACAACAAAUACACACAUACACACACACAAAAAAAACGCAGCCAAGCCUCGGAGUUGAUGACACAAACAAGGGAACUAACCAUUUUUUUUAAAAGCGUACAUGGCUGUUCGAUGGGCUCGCAUAUUUGUUAUGCUUUCAUUCAUGUCAACAUCUGAACGUCAAUAUACCAAAUAUUAUCAGUGACAUUUCCGCCACUUUGGGCAAAGACUGUACACUCUGCGUGCGCCGUGAGCCUGUCGACGUGGUGGGACUCCUGUUUUGGGGUUUUUUUUUUUUUUUCCCGGGUUGUUUCUCCAACAUGCAAAACCAAGCAAAUUGUCUGUCUGUAAAUAUAAUCUGCGAUUUGAGUUGUACAUACACUUUUUAUGUUUUUGUCAGAUUGAGUAAACCGUGACUCAAAAAAAAAAAAAAACAAGA